CAUUCCCCUGGUGGCUUCCUGUUUUCCCACUGCUCACACUGGACCCCUCAUUUGGUUUCUCUUCCCAGAGCCGAAGCCACACCUCUGUCUACCAGGAUCCAGACAGCUGAGGGUGAGGGACGCAGAGAUCCUGCAGCACCAUGAACCCAGAAGGUCACCCAGGAAGCUGCAGCAUUGUUGGAGAUGCCAUCAAUUAUACGCAAGACACUCUGAGCACUGAAGAACUGCAAUCCCUGGCGACGGAUGAGGACUUCUUGGAAAAACUGAACCAGCUGUCCUGGUACUUCCCAAGGAAUUGGCCUGGGGAGGAGGCAGAAUGUGAAGAUUUGAGGACGCAAGAAACACCCCGAGCCGUGGAAGACACAGAGAGUCACCAACAGGAGCAGGAGUACAGGGAGAGGUUUUUGAAAGAGUUUCCUCAGGUCAAAAAGGAACUUGAGGAGCACAUAACCCAGCUCCGAGCACUGGCAGACAAAGCUGAGAAGCUGCACAAGGACUGUGCGUUCUACAAACUGGUGGCCAGCUCCACCAGCAUUGUGUCCGACAUCCUGACCAUUGCUGGCAUGGGUCUGGCUCCGGUGACAGCUGGCGUGAGUCUGGGACUGACAGUAACUGGGCUGGGUCUGGGGGCCGCAUCUGCUGUGACUGAUGUAGCCACCAGCAUCAUGGAACACGCUAGCAUGGCAGCCAUCAAAGUUGACGCCAAUAAAUUGACCUCCACUGGGGUCAACCCAGAGGAAGCAUUCAAGGUAGUUGUGUGUGACUGUGCCCCCAAAAUUGUUCCGUUGGGGAGGAACGUUAUCAGGCGCGUGGAGGGCAUUAAGAAGAAUCUUCAGGCCAUCAAGUUGGUCAAUGCUAACCCUCUUUUAGAAGCUCGAGUGAUACGCUUCUUGAAAACUGGAAGAAUCUCAACUCGAAAUGCCAGGAGGGUGCAGAAAGCUUUUGGAGGCACUGCACUGGCAAUGAGCAAAGGGGCCCGGUUGGCGGGGAUGGCCACUGCCGGUUUAUUCCUCCUGGCAGAUGUGUACAGCCUUGUGAAGCAAUCGGUACAUUUGCAGGCAGGAGCUCAGCCAGCGUCAGCCAGCAGGCUGAGGGAGCAGGCUUCGGAACUGGAGAUGAAGCUGGAAAAUCUCAAAGAGAUCCAUGCAAGUCUCCUGGAGGACUGACUUUAGGACCCCAGAAGAGAGUGGGGAGCAGAGGCCUGAUCAGACCGAAGUGUGGAGACACCCUCUUUUUCGGGGGAGGUUUCCGUGUGCUAAAUUUAAUUGACCUGGAUGCUGAGAGGUUUUGCUUUCCUGUUGAUGAGCACAGAGAGACCAUGGAGGCUUUGGAUGAAAGACAGGGCGGGAACGUGGCACCUGGAAUAAGGAAGGAGAGAGAAAAGGAGUGAGGAGAGUGGAGGAAAAACUCUUGUUUGUUUUGGACCAAAAAAUGUUUUUGAGUGUGAAUAAAGAAGCCCAGAGGAACAAAAAGUUAGAAGGAUUUGAUGACAGAAAAGCACCUGCUGUUUACACCCCACCUCCCGCCCCCUGGUUUCCCAUCCCAG